AAAUACAGCGCCACUCCAAAAGUUACUAGACACGAAAUUCCUUUCAUUGCUCUUCAAGUCGCAGUUACUAGUCAGUGGGGCGCAUCCGGCUGAAUGGCGUCGAGAGUUUCAUGCACUGUUGUCACGUUUUGCCGUACAGUGUUUCAUCAAGGUGCUUUGUUUAUAUCUGUUCGAGCCUCGACGACUGCUCAGCUCGGGUGCACCUGAACGGUAAACGCCGGUUCCACCUGAGCAAAUAGCCUCAUCAGAACGACUUGUAACAUCACCUGGAAAUCAACGUGAAGCCUCAAGCUGUAUGACCUUGGAGCCGCUGUCAUCGGGACGAUCAGUGUUAACCGGGAAAUUUGAAUUUCCCUCCGUCUGAGAGAUGUAUGAACAGUGAAGACUUGCAGUGUUGGUUUGAAAGUUCUGUACAUCUGUGUGGAUUGGUAAACACAAAGAUGGAGGUAACAACAGAAGAAGAAGAAGCUCAUUCUGUUCUAUUGGAACAAAUGAAUGGAGCUCAGUACAUCACAAUACAAAGAAGUGAUGGAGAUAAUAUUGGCAAAGGAGUUCCAGUAUUUACGUUCCAAGGGGAAAUGGGAGAAUGGAAUGGAGAAAAUUUGGUGGUCGAUAUGAUCAGUGGUGUUACAAGUGACUACAGUUCUGGGACACAAUAUUAUGAGACUGAUGGAUUUGGAAAUACUAAUAUUGACAUUUUGAAUGAGGAGGAUCGAAGACUGGCAGCUGCCCUUGUGGCAGUACAGCUUCAACAACAGCAAAAACAGCUUCAAAAUCAUCUCAAUCAUGUAGAUGCUUCAACUAUACAAGAUGUAACACACUUAGAAAGUUUACCUUCAGUCAAUUCUUAUGCGAUAGAAACUAUCCAAGAGCCUAAUCCACCACCUGUAUAUGAGUCAGUUCAAGCUUUCAAAAAAGGAAACCAAGUAGUUAAGCCAGAGUUUGUUAAUGUUAAGUGUGAGGAUGAUGUAGAUAUUUCUGCUGAAAGUAGCGAGGAUACAGUGCCCACAACUCCUGGUCUCAAGAGAACACUGCCGCACAAAAAGAGAAUACCUAGAAAACUAAAACAUCAAAGCAAAAAAAAUGUGAUUAAAAAAGAAAGUCCUCGUUCUAAUCAAAGUGCAACAUCAGAUACAGUGAACAAAAAUCAAAUGUUGACAUUUAAAUGUGAACUUUGCGGUGUUAAAUUAAAUGGACAAUUUAAGUUUUUUGAACAUUUGAAGUCACAUUAUGAACCUCUGAAGGAAGAAACAAAACUUGUAAAUGCAACAAUAAGUAAAAGUAUCAUACCUUUACCCAGCUUGCAAGAUUCAACAGGAGUUGAAACAGUGAUUGAAGAAUUUAGUGAGCCUGAAGAUAUCAUGGAAGGAAUAAGGGGUGUUGUUGAAGAAACUGGAGCACAAAUAGAUGAUGAUGAUGAGGAUGAUGAUCAGUUGCCUGAUUCAAAUACAAGUUCAUCAAUAUGGACAAUAUCGGAAGUUCCAGAGCCACUUGAACAAGUUGAUGUAAACGAACCAAUUUCCAGAACUGAAGAAGAAACGAUCACCCAAAAACCAAAAGCCAAAGCUGAGCCAACAAAGAAAAAAAAAUCAAAAUCUAAAAAGUCUACUGAUGAAUUAACGUGCCCACAAUGUGACCGAUCGUUCCAUCACAAAAAUAGUCUAGUAUAUCACAUGCGCUCUCACAGUGGAGAAAGGCCUCAUCAAUGCGAAAUUUGCGGAAAGAGUUUCUUUGCUGGUAGUGCAUUAAAGGUUCACAAACGACUCCAUAGCGGUGAUAAGCCCUACAAAUGCGAUGUAUGCGGCCGUUCUUUCCGUCAAUGGGGUGAUCUUAAGUAUCAUUCGACGAGCCUACACUCAGAACAACGUCAAUUCCAAUGCGAAUACUGUGGCAAAGAUUUUGCACGCAAGUACUCGUUGAUCGUCCACCGACGUAUUCACACUGGAGAAAAAAAUUACAAAUGCGAAUUCUGCAACAAGACCUUCCGUGCCAGUAGUUACUUGCAAAAUCAUCGUAAAAUUCACACAGGAGAGAAACCCCAUCGUUGUGACGUAUGUGGCAAACCAUUCCGUGUGAGAAGUGAUAUGAAACGACACUUGCUCACUCACUCUAGAAGUGCUAGGCAAGUUACAAAGAAUUCACCGGCUCAGAAGACUAAUGAAAAUGAAGAAAACGCCGAAGAAAGUGAUGAUAAGUCGACCAGAGCGAUCAACGAGAUAGUGCACGAGCUGAAAUAUGAAACUGCAGAUCCCAAUUCAGCAGUUAUUAAGCUAAUUAGAGCAUCCGACUUAGAAGAUGGAAGCAACAUUUUGCCGCAUGUCAGUGUACAAACAUUAGAUUAUGCUACAGUCACGGCACUGACUGGUGAUGGUGCCACUACUGUAGAAGUGGUGAACGACAAAGACCCCCUUGAAAACGUUAGAAACGGCGAUAGUUUAAAUUUUGCAGAUUUACAACUAUACCCUAUCAACUUGUUAAACCAGUAAGGUCACAUAUUUUAGCAAUAAGCUUACGAUUACUUGUUUAAAUUCAAUGAAUCGAGUACUCGUUGACAUUUUGUUAAUUCUCUGCUAUUCCUUUCAUAUUUGAUAAAUGAGAUAUAUUUUUUAAUUUAUAAUUAUAAAGAAGACUGCUUAGAGCAUUAAUUAAAAAGAUGCUGAAGUAGAUUAUGUAUAAAACAUAUACGCAGAUAUCGGUCUAAGUUUUUAUAUAAUAUUAAUAAUCCUAGUGAAUUUUAGAGUCGAUUUAAUUUUUUUAACGAACGUCGAAUGAUUCGUUUUAUUAUAAUUAUUUUUUUUGCAUCAAUGAAUACGCAUAAAAAGAUAUAUAAUAGUUAUUUGUAUACAAUUUUUACAACCGUAUUGUAUAAAAAAAAUAAUAAGUACCGUGUACUGUAAAAAAAAUCAGGUUUCUUGCCAACUGUUGCCGUCAUGUAUUAAAAAAAAAAGGAAUCAACAAAUUCAUCAACUUUUUUCAAUUAUAAAGUUAACGGUAAAAAAAGUGAAGCAUCGCCUAUUUCGCACGAUCGACUUGUAAAUACACUAUAAUCUCGUAUAAAUGAAUAUAUAUAUAAAUCUGGUGAGCAUAUUUUGCGUACGCAUCUCAAUACAAAUAGAAAAAACAUUUGCAAUUACAGUGUAUGUUAUUUAUGUUUUAGAAAGUGUAUAUCUAUGUAGCAAUUUAUAUGCGCCAAAUCAGCGUUAAAAAUAUAUUUUUUAUUACAUGGAAACGUUU